UUUCCUGCGCCCAGGGAACAAGAGUACGCGGCCCGAGCCCAACGGGCGGCAUUGCGACAGAUAUGAGGAUUCGCCCGAGAUGCGCGGCUGCACUAGCGGUGCUACUGCAGGCCGCUCUUGUGGCGAGCAAAGCUCUGGAUCAAACGCAGCUACAGCAGCAGAUACAACAGCAAACUCCAUCUAAUAAAGCGGCGCAAAAGCGAUGGGAAGGAGAUUACGGUGGUGGUUAUGGUACUUCUGGAGGUGGUGACAUCGGAAAUCACUUUGGUGGUGGUGACGCCGGUGGUCACUUUGGCGGCGGUGACGCCGGUGGUCAUUUUGGCGGCGGUGACGCCGGUGGUCAUUUUGGCGGUGGUGACAUCGGGGGUCAUUUUGGUGGCGGUGACAUCGGUGCUCAUCUUGGCGGUGGUGACAUCGGAGGCCAUCUUGGAGGCGGUGAUAUUGGCGGUCAUCUCGGCGGCGGUGAUAUUGGCGGUCAUUUUGGAGGCGGUGAUAUCGGCGGUCAUCACACAGGAGGUGAUAUCGGUGGUCAUUUGGGCGGGGGUGACAUUGGUGGACAUUUGGAUGGCGGUGGCGGCGGAGGAAUCGAUGCGCAUCAUGGCGGUCAUCAUGACGAAGGUUACUGGAAAAAGAAGCUGAUCUGGAAGCCAGGCUGGAAAAAGAUCUGGAAGCCGGCGCAGAAGCAGAUCUGGAAGCCCGCAUGGAAAAAAAUCUGGAAGCCUAUCUGGGUGCCGACUCAGAAGGCGGUGUGGAAAGAAAUUCAGGUCCCCGCCUGGAAGAAAAUUUGGAAGCCCGUGUGGAAACAGAUUCAGGUGCCGGUGUGGAAAGAGAUACAGGUGCCGGCCUGGAAGAAGAUCUGGAAGCCGGUUUGGAUACCGAUUAAGGUACCUGCUUGGAAGGAGAUCCAAGUACCCGCGUGGAAGAGAAUUUGGAAACCAGUCUGGAAGGAGAUACAGGUGCCGGUAUGGAAGGAGAUUCAAGUACCGGCUUGGAAGAAACUCUGGGUACCUGAAUGGGUAAAGGUCGGCAUACCGGGCGAGCAUUAUCACGGUACGGAUCAUCACGGUUGGCAGUACACCAGCCACGAUCUCUGGAAGAAGAAGCUAAUCUGGAAACCAGUAUGGAAAAAAUACUGGAAGCCGGCCAAGAAACAAAUUUGGGUACCAGACAAGAAACUCGAGUGGAAGGAAGCCUGGAAGCAAAUCUGGAAGCCGGCAAAGAAGCAGAUCUGGAUAGAUGACAAGAAACUAAUCUGGAAGGAAGAAUGGAAGCAGAUCUGGAAACCAGGUAAAAAACUUAUUUGGGUAGCGGACAAGAAACUCGAAUGGAAGGAGGCCUGGAAACAAGUUUGGAAGACCGAUAAGAAGCUAGAAUGGAUUCCCGACAAGAAACUCGCCUGGAAGGAAGCAUGGAAACAAAUCUGGGUGCCUGCUUGGAAGCAGAUCUGGGUGCCGGCUUGGAAGAAGAUCUGGAAACCGGUCUGGAUAUCGGAAUGGUUCCCCAACGAGGAUCACCAUCAUCAUCACUGGGACCGCAAGGAUACGCAGGUUCAGAACACGCAAGUGGUACCCUACAGUCCGGAAGUUGCCUUGCAGAAGAGGUAUUCGGGGCAACAGGAUCAGCAGUUACAACAGAAGCAGCAGCAGCAACAGCAGCAGCAGCAGCAGCAGAAGCAGCAGCAGCAGAAGACGCAGCAGCAGCAGCAGCAGCAGCAGCAGCAGCAGCAGCAGAAGACGCAACAACGUCAGGUCGAAGACAACAAUGUCAGGUGGGACAGAUCCUUUAAGGCAAUUCUGCCAACAGUCACGCAGGAUCUGGUACCGCCGCCGACUAAUCAAAACGGAGGUCAAGCCAGCUUCACCUUCCCCAAUCACUGAUCUAGAGCUAGAUCUCUGUGCACCAUAAUCGCACUGUAACCCUUCGAAAUGCUUGUACAAACGUCUCCGCGCGAGACUACUGUAACAUAAGUCGCUGUAUAUAUUAUGUCUUAAGAUUAAGAUAGGUCGCGUGUGAAACUAAGUUACCCGAAGUAUACUCGACUGAUGCGCUCCCUAUUCUUCGGGGUGCCACCUGUACGACCCUUAUGACAUGGCAUAAUCUACUUUUGCUCCCUGCUGUUUGUUUCCUUCCUUUUUUAUAUGUAUACGCGUUAUUGUUGUUUUCCUGAUUGUUAACUAAUGCCGUUACGAAUAAAGUUCAUGAAUAUUUUGUUAA